AAAAUAUCCAAAAUUAUUUUUAAAUUUAUUUAAUAUUUUACACAUUUACACAUUGACUGGAGCGUUAGUUUUAUUCUAGACUAGAAAGAGAGCAGAUCAGCAGUAAAAUGUCGAAAAAUCAGAAGAGAUAUAAAGGCAAAUAUGGAGUAAAAAAUCCAAAUCGUGAAUAUGCAGAAACUUUUGCUGAACUAGCUAUAAAAGACAAUACAUCUGGUGACGAUGAUGAUAGCAGCAGUGAAGAUACUGAUAAGGGAGUUGAUGGAGUUCCAUAUUUCCCAAUUGCUAUGUGGGAUUUAAAUCAUUGUGAUCCGAAAAAAUGUUCAGGAAGGAAGUUACAAAGGCACGGAUUAAUAAAAAGUCUCAAACUGGGUCAACAGUUUAAAGGAUUAGUUCUUUCACCGAUCGGAGUUUUGACUGUAAGUCCAUUGGAUCGAUCAAUUGUUGAAUCUGCUGGUGUUGCAGUCAUUGACUGUAGCUGGGCUAGAAUCGAAGAAACCCCAUUUAGUAAGAUGAAGAGCCCAUUCCCUCGUCUAUUGCCAUUCCUUGUAGCUGCAAAUCCAGUUAAUUAUGGAAAAUCAUGUAAACUUACAUGCGUAGAAGCAAUUGCUGCCGUUCUACACAUUUGUGGAUUUCCAAAGGAAGCAAAAUACUAUCUGUCCAAAUUCAGCUGGGGACAUUCUUUCCUUAAGCUUAAUGAAGAGUUACUGGAUCUUUAUUCAAAAUGUGAUUCGAGCCAGGAUGUUCUGGAUGUACAGAAGAAAUAUUUAGAGGAAUCUGAUGAGAAACGCAAGGAAGCACGCGACAAUAUGUGGCCAAGUUCUAGUGACAGUUCAGAUGAUGAAUAUGAAGAAGGCGAAUCGAAUAAUGACGAGUCAAAGACUUGAGUUUAAGUUAAUAAAAGUUAAAUUGAACACACAAUUGAGUUGCCUCUCAUACAAAUCUUAUAUUAGCAA